GAACGACGGCCCCCAAUGUGGGAGGAUGGGAUUUGGAGAUGCGCUUCGGGAUGGAGUCUGUGUCAAAUCCGAGCCGAAAUGGCACCGGGUCUGGGUGCUACGGCACGAAGUCAGCUCAGUUGCGCCGCGACGCUUCGAAUGUUCGUGUUUUGAGUGUUGGCGCGAUCUAGCCGGAGGAAAAUUCUAUUUUCAUCGGACGGAAAAACGUGGAUGUUACGUGUGCAUGGUGAAUGCUAUUCUGUUGCCGCUUCCGGAUUUUCACAUUCCGUUGUUGAGCUCAUAAUUUUCUGGCUGUGCUUCACAGUACCGUGAGUGGUGGUUGCACUAAUUGCACUCGUACUGACCUCCUUCCUUGGGCCACAGUCAAGUUCAACUUUUUGGGGUAGGUUCGCUCCCCGACAAUCUUUCGUACUAUUUCCGAGCUGCCAAGAAGUUUUCCUUGGAAUUUUUCAUCUGUGCUCGCUGUAUAGUUUAUAUGCAUCGAUUGAACUGCUUCCGAUGAGUAAAUAAAAUUAGUGGAGGGUGCAGUGUGUCCGGGUAUCACGUCCAUAACCUAAACAAACAACGGCGGAGUGCGGAAGCCACACGGCUUGGGUCCGCAGUGAGUGGUGGAAUUGGUUGUCCUUUAAAAGUGCGCGUUCUUCCCACCCUGCACAGCUUCUUGCCUGGUUAAAUCCCUUUCUCGCCCUUGCCGGGAUGCAGUGAUGCAAUUUUGUGUGAUGUGUGAAUGCUACAAUUUUCGUGCUUUCCAGUGAAUUUCUCAGUUGAUCACAGGAAGCUGUGGUGUCUUGGAUUCCGAUGUGUUUUCCACUUGGAAAUGACCCCGGGGAGCUGCAUGGUUGAAUUUUACGGGAAAUAUUGAGGAAAUCCGAGUUUUUGAUCCUUCUGCAGACUGGCAUCAUGAGGAACAUAGCGAAUAUGAUUGCGAAUUUAGGAAUAUUCUUCUAUUUAAUAAGUUUAACAGUCUGUCAUCAAAAGCAGUCUGCGUCAACCCAGAAUAAAAUUCAGGAAAAAUCAACAUUCGAACCAAAUUCCUAUCAUGGGCACAAAUGGGCUGAACCAUAUUUUGACGUGACAAUGCCACGUAAUAUAACAUCGUUAGUGGGAAAAUCUGCUUAUCUAGGAUGUCGCGUUAAAAAUCUAGGGAAUAAAACGGUUGCAUGGAUUCGACAUCGAGACCUUCAUAUAUUAACAGUCAGCACGUACACCUACACUACAGACCAACGAUUUCAAACCACGUUCCACAGGGACAUUGAUGAAUGGACACUCCAGAUCAAAUGGGCACAAAAACGGGACGCCGGCAUGUAUGAGUGCCAAGUGUCCACUCAGCCAGUGAAAAGUUUCUCCGUGAAUCUCAACAUUGUCGAUUCGAUAAGCGAGGACAAGAGUAGUCAUCUGCAGCAGUACUACAACGACGAUGCAUUUUACAUGAGUUCGGACCGCCUCUAUCAGGGACAAGACGAUGAAUUCUCAGCCCUCUAUGGACCCAUACAAACGGUGGCCGUGCCAACAGCAACCAUAUUGGGAGGCCCGGACCUAUACGUGGACAAGGGCAGCACCAUUAAUCUGACAUGUGCGAUAAAAUUCAGCCCCGAACCGCCGCUCUAUAUUUUCUGGUAUCAUCAAGACAAGGUGCUAAGUGAUGACUCGACAAGAGGCGGAAUUAGCUUUAUCAUGAGCAAAGGAGAUGGAAUUAAGUCGAUCCUGCUGAUAGAGAAUGCUGAUUUGACAGACUCCGGGAAAUAUUCAUGUUAUCCAUCGAAUACGGAUAUUGCUAGUAUCCGCGUGCAUGUGCUGAACGGUGAACGGCCCGAGGCGAUGCAAACGAGUACAGCAACGUCAUCGUUACAAGCACAGACGAGGAGUUAUAAACUUCUCGCUUUCUUAUCACUUAUUUAUAGCCAAUUAAGGAUGUACUAUCACCUUCAAGGAUUCUACGUUACUUCAACUCAUGGCUUAUUUCUGCAUUCGAUACGGUGAUAAUUUUUCCGCGAUCGAAACCAUAUCACAUCCUAUCAAGGCACCCAUCGAAGAAUAUAAUAAUAAAUUUCUGUAAGAAAUUGGAAAAAUGAUAACAAAAAAAGUGAAGAGAUGUGCCCUGAAGAUAAUGUUAUUUUGUAUAUAGGGAGAAAAGUAAUUCAGACGCUGCAAAUGAUUGUAAUACUAAAGUUAAUUUAAAUAGAUAAAUAUAAAGAUAAUGUACGAUAAGAAGCAAGCAGAUUAAAGCACGCAAUAUAUGUAUGUACGCAUGUUUCCAAAAAGGAUAGUGUACUUUGUAAGGAAGAUAACGACCCGGAUAGUAGCCCUGCAAGUUAUACACCUCGCGUGGAAAUAAACUUCUAGUCUGAACCUUUUGGUCACCUAUAACGGUCGAGCACAUCCUUUCGUUCAGUUGAAUUUUUUGAAUGGAAAUCUGGCACUUUGUUUGACCUGUGCUGUCUUAAAAGUGUACACCACAAUUGAAGAUUCUUGAAUUUUUUUCGUGCACAAAUUUUUGAGUGCCCUAUUAUAUGUAAUAAGAGACCUUCUCAUUAUCAUUUUGGAACUGUGGAAGCACGUGUACUACUACAAUUCAGAAAAUUCAAUGCAGACCAUGCUAAAACUUACUAAUCUGAAAAUAAACGACAUUUCACGUCAGAUAAAGUUGUUUUCGAUGGAUUAUAUGAAAAUGUCGAAUGUGUGAUGAUGGUGAAAAGCGGAUGUAACUGGCGUAAACUUGAGUUAAUUAUGGACAUCCGCAUAGUCCUUGCCAUAUGUAAACGAACCUGUCCGAUUCCAUACGAAACUACUUUAUGAAUUCAAUACAACGUGCCCCUGUCCACCAUAAUCCAGCAUAAAAUGGUGCCCGGAGUUUCAAAUGUAAUUUAAAUAAAUUUGAAUGAAGAAUAAAAUUAAAUGGAAUAAAAUAAAACUAACGAUAAAUUGGAUGUGUAAUCUCCUCUUGAUGACAAAAACUGCACGCUUCCGUACACACAACGAUGACUACCACACAAACACACACAUAGGUCACAUUGCCCGGAACCUCUCCUGUCCUUCCUCCCUCCACGUAAAAUAACUUAAUUUAAGUCCAUUUGUACAUACGAUGCCUGAACAGGGAGUUAAAAGUAAAAGAUAUAAAAAUAAAAUAAAUUUAAAUAGUGAAAAGAAAUUUAGUUUAAGGCAAACAAUGUAAAAUAAAACGAGUAAUAAUGUAAAUUGACUUGUUCGUUAAUGUUUAAAAGAGAAUUAUGUAAUUUGACGAUGGUAUAUAACUCUAAAUCAAAGGAUAAAUAAAGAUAUGAA